ACGCGGAAAUCCGGGCCUGGGCGAACGCGUCCCUCGUCCCCGGGCGUCGCGAAGUCACACUUGAAAACCGCUCCAGAAACUUCACUCUUUUGAAGAUGUCGAGUCGAGAGCACAAUGACAGCGUUAAGAGGAUUAAGCUCAAUGUUCCGGAAGGUGUACUUUUUGGCAUGGGCAACCCCCUGUUGGACAUCUGCGUCAACAGCAACGAGGACUUCCUGAAGAAAUACGACUUGGAGGCCAACAAUGCGAUCCUGGCCGAGGAGAAGCACAUUCCCAUGUACAAAGAGAUGGCAGAGAUGGACGGUGUGGAGUACAUUGCUGGGGGAGCCACACAGAACUCCAUGAGAGUAGCACAGUGGAUUCUGAGAGAGCCCAAGUGCGCCACCUUCAUGGGCUCCAUCGGCAAGGACGAGUUCGGCAAGACGUUAGCGAAAAAGGCCGAGGAAGCGGGAGUUGUCGUGCGUUACCAGAAGCAGGACGACCAUUCCACAGGUACUUGUGCUGUAAUUGUGACCAAGAGUGGAACAUGCAGGUCACUUGUAGCCAAUCUUGCCGCUGCCAAUCACUUUACCAAGUCCCACCUGGAAAUUGCUGAGAACAAAGCCCUUGUCGAGAAGGCCAACUUCUACUAUAUCUCAGGAUUCUUCCUCACUGUGUCACCCGAGUCGAUCAUGAUGGUGGGCGAACAUGCCUGUGAGAACAAUAAGGUCUUUUGUAUGAACCUGUCGGCCCCAUUCCUGUGCGAGUUCUUCAAGGACCCCAUGAUGAAGGCCUUCCCCUACAUUGACAUCCUGUUCGGAAAUGAGACGGAAGCUGCCAAGUUUGCUGAGAUCCAUGAAUUUGGUACAACAGAUGUAAAAGACAUAGCCCUAAAGACAGCUGCCUUGCCCAAGAAGAACUCCAAGAGAGAACGUAUUGUUGUGUUCACUCAAGGAGCUGAAGACAUUAUCCAAGUCCCACAUUUAAUUCAAGUUGACCUUCCUCUCCUUGCAGGUUUUGUAGCACAGCUGGUCCAGGGAAAGCCAAUCGAGUCGUGCAUAAAGUGCGGCAUCUGGGCAGCCACUGAGAUCAUUCAGAGAUCAGGAUGCAGUUUUCCAUCUGACCUUCACUAUACUGAAUAAAAUGUCUGUUCUUUGA